AUGUCUGCCGAUGUCAAACCAGUACUCAAUAUUGAAUUUUCCGAUCUAUGUUUUAAAGUUCAUUUUUUGUUUCUCAGGUUGGCAGCGGCGGCGGCGGCGGCUGCAGGAGCUACCAGCGAGCUGAGCUACCUCGCGGCUCUCCAUCCGGCAUAUCGACCGGUGCCUUACGACCAUCCCUUAUACGGGGCUAAUACUUUAAGAGGUUUAGAGUACUUAAGUGCAGCGAGGAGUCUGCACCCAGAACUCCACGCGGGCAGCACUCUCGCCAGUCAAGAUUUUCAACUUAGUUUAGAAGGAUCAAGAAUAGCUUCACCGACCCGGUUAAGACUAUCAGGGGGAGCGAUAGGAGCUUCCGCCAAUCGGAAGAGGGCGGUAUCUUGGAGUCCAUACUCCGCCGAGUCCUUGGACCUGGCUGCGGUGAUAAGGGCAUCUCCAGCAAGUCUUGCAGUACGAGCACCUUCAGCUGCCUCCACUGGCAGCUAUGGGCAUCUUAGUGCAGGAGCAAUAUCACCAGCGCUGUCUCUCUCGCACGCCUCACUGGCGCAGCAGCUGCUGGCGCGGGGCGGCGUGGUGGGCGGCAGUGGGGUGCUCGCGGGCGGGGUGCUUAUGGACCCCGCCCACCAGCAGGCGGCCGCUGCUGCAGCGCAUCAUGCGGCGCAUGCGCAUCUUGUAGCAGGGAUUCAUAGAUCCCACAUAUCAUCACCCACACAACUCCUGAUGGGAGCCCCAGUGGACGUCCGACCUGGCCUGACGUUGGACGGCACCCCACCGCAGCAUCUUCAGCAACCACCCCAGCAGCCUGAGAUCACCAGCGUUAUGGAAGCUGAUAGUGCAUCCGGUAUGACCCAGCGGAAAUCACCUCAGGGUCUGAUGGGUCAUAGAGACCACCACCACAGCAAUAAACCCUUGUCGGCUGCAGCGGAGAGCACGGUCCAUGAUGGCCUUGACUCCAAAGAUGAACCUGGAGACUUCAUUGAGACUAACUGUCAUUGGGUGGAUUGCAAGCUUGAAUUCCCAACACAAGAUGACCUGGUGAAGCACAUCAAUACAGAUCACAUCCACGCCAGCAAGAAGGCGUUUGUCUGCCGCUGGGUAGGAUGCUCUAGAGAUGAAAAGCCUUUCAAGGCUCAAUAUAUGCUGGUCGUACAUAUGAGGAGGCAUACAGGAGAGAAACCUCAUAAGUGUACCUUCGAAGGCUGCUGCAAAGCAUACUCACGGUUGGAGAACCUGAAAACACAUUUAAGAAGUCACACGGGUGAAAAACCUUACACCUGUGAAUACCCUGGAUGUGCGAAGGCCUUCUCAAAUGCAAGCGAUCGAGCUAAACAUCAGAACCGAACGCAUAGUAACGAGAAACCCUACGUCUGUAAAGCACCAGGGUGCACAAAGAGGUACACUGAUCCGUCAUCAUUAAGGAAGCAUGUAAAGACAGUCCAUGGAGCUGAAUUCUACGCCAGCAAGAAACAUAAAGGUUGCAGCCGUGGCGACGACUCAGCGGAGUCUGGUGGUGGUGGCGCUGGCUCCUCCCCUCGCUCCGAAGAGGGUGGUGUACCACUCACUGGCCGUGGUCACACCUCCUCUGCCUCCGUCAAGAGCGAGAGUCCUGCUUCUCCCAUCCCUCAUGGAUUACACACGCCUGCUCAUCAGCUUUCAGCGCAGUGUGGUGGAGAGCUCGACUUUGGCGGUUCUGGUCUUGGAGGUUUCGGAGAUGAGAAUGGUGCUCCUUACUUCAGACUAGAUGGAGAGGUGGAACAAGAAGUAGUCGGUGAGGUUGGACAGCUGCCUCUGAUGCUCCGCGCCAUGGUAGCUAUCGGUGAGCCCCGGGCCCACCACCACGCGCCGCGCUUUGGAAACAAGAUGGCCGUCGCGAGGUUAAUGCCCCCACCACACCCUGAUAUUGGUUCAGGCGGAGUCCAAGGUCGAACAGAAUUGGGUAAUACGAAUGUGGCUGUGGAGUUGAAGACAGGAGUUCCUAACACCAGGCGAGAUUCUGGAAUCUCUUCUGGUAGCAGCUUGUAUAGUGCGAGGUCAUCAGACAUAUCCCGUAAGAGUAGUCAAGCGUCAGUGGUAUCCGGCGCGGUGGCUACCACCACAGGCGUCGCCGGGCCGCAGCGCCUUGUCUCACAACAUACUACGGUGUACGACCAGCUAUCGCCUGACAGCAGUAGAAGAUCUAGUCAAGUGUCGUGUGUGGGUUAUGCGCCAGCGCCGUCUUCAGCACUCGCUGCCGUCCAAGCCGUCAGAACAUCGCAAGGCAAUCAGGCUGUCCUCCUUCGAGGUGUGACCUGUUCGGAAGUCAGGGCUGAGGAGUUGGCGCUGGAGCUGGACCCCAACGUGCAGGUGAAGGAGGAACAGAGGAGACUGUCAGAGCAGUCAAACCUCAGCGACCAGGCGCAGUACCAACAGUAUCCUUGUGGGACUGAUGAUGUGGGCGACGCUCCAUUCCCGUUCAAGACGGAGGAUGACCAAGACACGGUGACGUACAAGGAGUCCCGUUCGAACUCCACCAAUACCGUGGUGAUCACCACCGCGCAGGUCCAUCACCCCAACCAAGAGGUCAAUCUGGAACAGGUUGCCGAAGGAGAAAUGGUGGAGAACAAGCUGGUUAUACCAGAUGAAAUGAUGCAAUAUCUUAACCAAUCAAUAUUGGCUACGGAAUCGGUAACACCAGCUAAAACUGACUCCACUAACCAACCUGAGCCGGAGACCCCAACCGCAGACAAGGAAACUGCUACCAAAGACAAUACCGCCAGUGAUAUACCUAAUACAAACAAUUCCAGUGACAAAAUCAGUGACGUAGCUACGAGUGAUGAUUCUCUACUUAAAAACUUAGGUGCCAUAGGAAGUGAUCUCAACAUAAGUGAUAUUCCAGUCGAUUUAAGAUCAUUAGACGUUAGUAUGUCGGGAAAUAGUGGAUCAUUAUUGAACUCAAAGUCACCCGAUGAUAAAGGGACUCCCCUACAGGAGCAAGUUAUACCAGAAGUUGCUGCAGACAAGUGUGAGAAGGAGUAUACCAAACCGCCGAGCAGCAAUGUGUCUACAAAUCCUUUGCAAUCGCUUCAGACAAUGACAGCAAACCAAACAGAGCAGACGAACAGGAUGCGAUCAAACCAAUUACCUCAGAAACAGAAUUCGAUGAGUCCUAAAACUGUAGUCAUGAGUCAAAAUGUUUUAAGUCCUCAAAACUUAGCGCAUAGCAUGCUCAGUCCGCAGAGUCUGCCACACAGUGCCAUGAGUCCUCAAAGUGUCAUGAGCCCUCACAACGUGCACAACGUGAUGAGCCCUCCGAGUAUCUAUAACGUCAUGAGCCCUCAAAGUGUAAUGAGCGUGAUGUCUCCUCAACACAACGCGAUGAGUCCACAAAGUAUGCAAUCUUUAAUGAGUCCACAAAUGCCAAAUCAGAUGAUGAUGAGUCCAAGACACAACAACAUUGGCAGUCCCAUGUCGCAAAAUAUGGCUAGCCCUAUGGUAAACUUGGCCAGUCCUAUGGGUCAAAAUAUAGCAAGUCCUCAUAGUCAUGGAAUGCCAAGCCCAAUGCAUCCGGGACUGCAAAGUCCUAUGGGCCAAGGUAUGUCAAGUCCUAUGGUUCAGAACAUGCCUAACAUGUCAAUGAACGGACAAGUACAGAACCAGAAUCAAAUGAUGAAUAUGAACAUGAACCAAGGCCCACCAAUGCAAGUCAAUCAAAAUUACAUGAACCACAGAAACUGCAACACGAAGGUCCAGAACAGAAAUAACAUGAACCAAUAUAAUCAGAACUAUAACCAAGCUCCACCAUAUCCAGUUCAAAACCAAAAUGUAAUGAGAAGCCAAAAUAUGCAGCAGUACCAGAUGAUGCAGCAAUACAAUCAGAAUCAAAUGCCGAUGCAUCCCAUGAGCAACCAGAAUAUGGCAUACAACACGCAAAAUAUGAACUACCAGCCCGUCAGCUACCCCAACCAAAGCAACCAAAUGCAUCCACUGCAAAUGUCAAGAUCCUCGAUGAUGAGUGUGGACAACAGCGGGAAUAUGAGUCGAGGGACGAUGAACAACUACUGUGAACAACAAAACCAGUGUCCUCCCAUUCAGAAUCCCCACUACAACCAAAACAUGCAGUAUCCCCAGCCACCACCUUACAACUCCGUAGUAAACGCUGCCAACGUGAUGGGUCCACCACCUCCCAAGAACAAUCACCAAUACAACCAGACAAUGCUGAACAACAACCAGUAUUACAACCACCAGAGGCCUUACAGUCAGUGGGACUACCCCGGAAACCAGUUCAACAAGCACAACAUGCAGAAAUCUGUCCAAAAUUCCGUCAACAUGUCUACAGGUAGUCAGAAGCCCAUCAACGGAACGAGGGUCUCAAUAAACCAGAUGAAGAAUGAACAGACUGACUGCAGUAUGAACAGUUUGAGAGGUCAAAACAAUCAGGCUAGUGAAGUACAAGUGUGGGACAUAUCCCAGUCCCAAAUAGAAGCAAAUAAUGGUAGGAAGAAGAAUCAAAAUGCCAAUACGAUGCGACAGGAAACCUAUCAAAGAACGUUGGAGUAUGUUGAAAGUUGUGAGAACUGGAAGAGUUCAGAAAUGGUGUCAAGUAGUACCCAUCCUCUACAGGGAGGUGACAACAUGGUUGUCAACGACCUUCAGACCUCCCUGUCUUCAUUUUACGAAGAGAACCAAUACCUCCAUAUGAUACAAUAGUCUAAAUCCUUCCCCAUAGAAUCUCAGUGGUAAAUUAAAUUAAGUCAAAAUAAAUGAACAAUUAUAUUUAAGUAAUAUUUUGGCAGUUGUUGUAAUUAAUGUAGAUUAAGUCCUGUUGAUGGUGCACAUGAACUAAAGGUUGUAAAAACUAUUCUCAUUCCGAGACUGAUUAAUUUUAUAUAUAAAUUUUAAGGUCUGUCGCUUUUGGCUAGUACAGAGUAGAAAUGGAUUUCUAUCAAAUGCUUUUGAUAACUGGUAUUCUUCUGUAUGUAUGGACCUGACAUUUCUCUGUUAGAAGUAAAUAGUACAUGUCAAUUCCAUACAUUUCAGCAAUUUAAUCAGCGUCAAUACUGUAGAAAUGUAUCUUGUCUGAAAGCUAAGUCUGAGUCUAGUAAUGGAAAUAGUGUCAAAUUGUUAAAAAAAUCUGACAGCAGAAUUCAAAUAUUUUGAUAUAUUGUUAAACAAAUAGUUGAAUAGAAACUUUGACAUAAAGUACAUUAGUUUUAUGACGGUUGUUUAAAAAGACAUGUUUUUACGCAAGAAUGUAAAUAAUUGUUAGGUAAUGUCUUCCAGUAGUACUAUUAAUAUUUUUGUUUAAGUACAUGAAUAUGUACAAGAGAUAUUAAGUGCCUUCAUAAUGUACAUAAUGUUACAUUGUACAUAACAUUACAAGGAUAACUGUGCCUUAAUAAAUUGUUAAUUAUUCCGUAAAAUCAUUUUGGGAUCUAUGUGAAGGGUGCGGCCUGGUCCAUUAAGUAAUAGAUUUUUUGAACUUUGUAUUUUUAUGAAAUUUAUCUUUUUUGAGUUUUGAAUUGCUCUUAAGUCAACCAAUUUUAUUUACGAAAACAGCUCAUUUACUUACGAUGUUAUUUAAUUUUUCCGGGCAGAAUGAUUUACAUAAAACUAGCUGUUGCCCGCGACUUCGUCCGCGUGAUAAGAGGAAUACGUAGGAGGGUACUAUAAAUUAAGUUGUAAGCCUAUCUUUCAAGUUGAAUCGAGCUGCAUACACGGCUUAAUGUAAAGGAAGCAGGCAUCGAAAGACUUAAUCUGAUCACACCAGGCCAAACCCUAAAGAUCUCCGUACAAUAAGUGAUCUUUGAGAUUAUUAGAUAGAAAUAUUAAAUAAAAAAAAUAAAAAAAAUGUACAAA